AGGUGGGAGUGGCAGCGGCGCCGCCCAAUGGGGGUUGAACGAUGGCGGCGGCGCUGCGGGCGGCGCUGUGCGUGGCGGGCGCGGCGCUGUCGCUGUACGCUCUGCAUGUGGAACACCAAGCGGCGAGGGACCCGUCGUACCGAGCCGCCUGCGACCUGGGGCCCUCCGUGUCCUGCACCCGGGUGUUCUCCUCCCGGUGGGGGCGUGGCCUGGGGCUGGUGGAGCCGGUGCUGGGCGGGGACAGCGCCCUGAACGUCCCCAACGGCGCCAUCGGGCUGCUCUUCUACCUGCUGCAGGGGCUGCUGGGCACCUGCCGGGGCCGGGCGGCCGCAGUGACGCUGCUGGGGACGUCGGUGGCCUCGGCGCUGGCCUCGCUGUGGCUCGGGGCCGUCCUGCUCUUCGGCCUCAGGGACCUGUGCGUGGUCUGCCUCAGCACCUACGGGGUGAACCUGGCGCUGCUGGGGCUCAACCUGCGCCGCUGGAAACGAGGGAAAGCGCACAAAAACGAGGGAAAGUCGGCCAAAACGGAGUGAAAACACACAAAAAUGAGAGAGAAUGACCCAAAAUGGAGAGAAACUGACCCAAAAUAGAGGGAAAUCCACCCAAAACGGAGUGAAAAUGACCCAAAAUGGAGAGAAACUGACCCAAAAUGGA